CAAGCCGGGCAUUGAUUGGUGCGGGCUGGCUGAGGGGGCGGGGAAGUGGCGGCUGAAGCGAGGCUGGCGGGCCUCGGAGUGGUGCUGUUGCUGAGAGGCGGCCACGGCCCCAGGGGUGAGGUGCGAGGCAAAGCGCGCGACGGCGGACUCCAGGAGCGGAGGUGGCUGAAAAUGUCCACUGAACGGACUUCUUGGACAAGUUUGUCCACUAUUCAAAAAAUAGCACUGGGCCUUGGGAUCCCUGCCAGUGCAACAGUUGCCUAUAUCCUAUACCGCAGAUACAGGGAAAGCCGAGAAGAACGGCUGACAUUUGUUGGGGAAGAUGACAUCGAGAUAGAGAUGCGAGUCCCCCAGGAGGCUGUAAAGCUCAUCAUUGGUCGGCAAGGAGCCAAUAUUAAACAACUAAGAAAGAAGACAGGUGCUCGGAUCGAUGUGGACACGGAGGAUAUAGGAGAUGAGCGGGUGCUGCUUAUCAGUGGGUUUCCUGUUCAGGUGUGCAAGGCCAAAGCAGCGAUUCAUCAGAUCCUGACAGAGAAUACGCCAGUGUCUGAGCAGCUCUCAGUCCCCCAGAGAUCUGUGGGCAGAAUCAUAGGGAGAGGCGGCGAGACAAUCCGUUCUAUCUGUAAGGCCUCAGGAGCCAAAAUAACCUGUGACAAAGAAUCAGAAGGAACAUUGCUACUAUCAAGACUUAUAAAAAUCUCAGGAACGCAGAAGGAAGUGGCAGCAGCUAAGCAUUUGAUACUGGAGAAAGUUUCAGAAGAUGAAGAACUUAGGAAGAGAAUUGCUCAUUCUGCAGAAACCAGAGUUCCACGGAAGCAGCCAAUCAGCGUAAGAAGAGAGGAAGUGACAGAGCCAGGUGGAGCCAGAGAGCCAGCUUUAUGGAAAAACACUGGCGCUAGCUUAAAACAGGCUGCACCUCUGGCAGUUCCUCCCCACAAAGGAGAUGGUGACGUGGCUGCUGUGGGACCAGAAGAGGGUUCCUGGGAGAAACCUAAUGAUGAUAGCUUUCAGAGGUCUGGUGUCCAGACCAGUCCAGAGAUGUCCAUGUUUGAAAUUCCCAGUCCAGACUUCAGUUUCCAUGCUGAUGAAUUCCUAGAAGUAUAUGUCUCUGCCUCUGAACAUCCUAACCACUUCUGGAUCCAAAUCAUUGGCUCCCGCAGCCUGCAGCUGGAUAAGCUUGUCAGUGAGAUGACCCAGCACUACGAAAAUAGUCUGCCUGAAGACUUGACUGUACAUGUAGGAGACAUUGUCGCAGCACCAUUACCUACAAAUGGUUCCUGGUAUCGAGCCCGGGUCCUUGGCACCUUGGAGAAUGGGAACCUGGACCUUUACUUUGUUGACUUUGGAGAUAAUGGAGAUUGCCCACUGAGGGAUCUCAGGGCGCUCAGGAGUGACUUCCUAAGCCUUCCAUUUCAAGCAAUAGAGUGUAGUCUGGCACGGAUUGCCCCCUCAGGUGAACAAUGGGAAGAGGAAGCUUUGGAUGAGUUUGACAGACUCACUCACUGUGCUGACUGGAAGCCCCUGGUGGCCAAGAUCUCUAGCUAUGUCCAGUCUGGGAUCUCAACUUGGCCCAAGAUCUAUUUAUAUGAUACUAGUGACGGGAAGAAUCUUGAUAUUGGGCUAGAAUUAGUUCGUAAAGGAUACGCAAUUGAGCUUGCAGAAGACAUGGAAAAAAACAGAGCUGUCCCAGUAAUGUUGGAUGACCUCGCCACAGAAACAGAUGUCUCACUGAGCAUGCUCACUGAGACCAAGAAGAGCCCUGGAGAGAUAGCAAAUACCCUGUCCUGCCUCAGUUUAUCAGAAGCUGCCUCUAUGUCUGGUGAUGAUAAUCUUGAAGAUGACUACUUACUCUGAAGUCACCUUCAGUUGCCUCGGCCAUCUGCUUUGCUGUUUGGCAUUAGACUUGGUGCCUGGAGAGAAGAGCCUGUAAUAGAGAUCUAUGCAGUUCUUCUUCGUUAUAUACAUGACCUGGCUUGCUGUGAACCAAAUGCAUUUUCUUCUUCCACCGGACUACUAGAGAGCAUGUGGGGUGGAGGGAGACAGACACAUGCCCCUAACUCCACCCCCUGUGCCCUGUGCAGUGUGAGUACUGCCACACGACUUUCAGGCUGCUUAGUAUCCAGCUUGUUCCCCUCUGCCAGUCAUAAUGCACAGUACUGCUAGGCAGCGUCCUCUUUGAGGCUGGGAAACAGCCAGGGUUUGGUUAUUGGAAGUGAUGAUUCUGCAGACUAACUCACCACAUGAGGUGACUCUGGUUAAGGGGAAAUCUUUUGAGUGGUAAACUCAAAGAUUGCAGUUAAGUCAGGCAGCAAAGGCAAAAAUCAGCAUAAUUAUAUUCAAAGCCUCAGGAAAUGAGAAGAGAAUACUGCCUCCCAGCCUCAAAUGCUGAUGUGUUAUUGGAGACAAGAUUUUUGUAACAGUGCUCCAGCUAUUUCCCUGUAAACUUUUGUUAAAAUACAAGUAGACAAGGAGAAAGGUAACUCAGGAAAUAUUGCUAUAUUGCUGGUAUAGUAUCUAUAUCAAUAUAUGUAUACACACAGAGCCAUAGAGAACUUGUAGAGCUGUUUAGAUCAUUUUGGGUGUUCUUUGCUGAAUAAAGUUCUUAAGAAAGUUA